AUGGAUGAAGAGAUUUUUUAUGAUUAGUUAAUUUUCAGAUUAUUAAGUACUCCGAUUGAUAAAAGGGCCCUAUAAGAUAAUUAUAAAAUCCGCGAUUUUCUGCAAAAUCAUCCUCUAAAUUUAAAGUAUAAAUUUAGAAAUGAGGCAAUUAUGCAAAUAUGCAUGAAUGCUGAGUUGUAAGUGAAAUCAGCUAAUCAAAUUAUUUACCAAUAAAAUGAUUUAUCUGAGAAACUUUUUGUAAUCCUCAAAGGAACAGUAGGGAUCUACUUUCCUAAGGAAUUUAAGCAGAGAUAUGAAGAUUUGAAGAAUGAAUUGUCAAAUGAUAUCUUCAAAUAUCCUGUUUCUGAUUACAAAAAGCUAUUGAAAUUCAUUACUUUUAAGGAGAAAGAUAGUUGGUUUGGAGAAAUAGGAUUGAUAAAUCAUAGCAUAGCUAAUUAAAUAGCUAUUGCUGAAAGCGAAGUAUACUUGAUGACCAUUGAUAGCAAGUAUUUCCAGAGAUAUAUUUAUGAUAAAGAAUUGAAUUUCAUCAAAAGGAAAAUGAAAAUUUUUCAGUCAAAUCUCUUUUCUGACUGCUCUGUCGUUUAUUAAAGAUUAAUGCUUUAUAUGUCAUCUAAGCAAAAAUAUGUUUAAAAGCAGUCAGUUAUUACUGAAAAUUAAAAAGAUGAAAAUGUCUACAUCAUCAGAAAAGGAGAAUUUGGAGUGUAUAAGCAGAUAUAAGACGAAGAUAGUAUGUUUGAAAAAAUGAAUAACCCUCUCAAACAAGUAACUCAUCCUGCUGAGUAGUUUAUGAGAAAAAAAUAAAAAGACAAUAAGAAAUACACCAAGAAUACAAAGUUGAAAGUUAUUUAAGUUAAUGAUGUGGUGGGGGAACAUGAUAUAAUCAUGAGGAGGCCAGCAAACUAUAGCUGUAUUUGUGAAGGCUAUGAAGGAGGUUCAGUUCAAGUAAUCCCUAGUUUAAUUUUUCUUUAUGUAGUAGACUAAGAUUAAAUGUUCCAUAACAGCUUAAAGGAAAAACUUAAAGCUAAAAUGGUAGAUUUUAAUGAUAGAGUGCAUAGAAUUUCUUCUUAAAUGCAGAAAUUCGGUGAUUUUUUUUUCUUUAAAUCACGUUAAGUGGUACCAGAAAAAACAUAUGUUAAACAAACCUCUGUUUUUGAAAUAGAUAAUCAAACUAAAAAGAUAAAAAAGAUUAAUUUGUAGGAAAUAGGCAAGUAGAAUGAUAACUAGGAUGAAAUAUAAUAAGUAAAUGAAAUAAAAUAAAUAGUAAAUAAAAUCCAAAAAGAUAAUGGAAAAGAAAGUGAAGACCAUAAUGAUUUUACUUAUUUUCCUUUUAACACAAAUAUUCAUUAAAAAGUUCACUAUUAAAACACUUUGCCCAUUUCUAGUAAAGAUUUUGAAAUCGAUAUUCUGAAGCCAAAGGAAAUAAAAGAAAAAAAUAAUAUAAAUAGUUCAUUAAAUCCACCUUCUCAAAGGCAAAGCCAGGUUAAGAUACCAGAGCCAAACGAUACUGCAAUACAAAAAAAUAAAAUUAAGACUAUUCCAAAUUUUCGAGUUUCACUUUUAAAAAGCUAAAAUUCUUUGUAAGAACUGAUAACUAGUCAUAGAAAAAACUAAGAGAGUGGUUCUUAUUCUUAAAGAAGGUAUUUCUCUUCACAAAGAGUAAUCAAUAACAACGAUGAUGAAGCUAUUAACAAUAUAAGUAAUUUUGAAUUUCAUAAUGAAUAAGUUAUGCCAUCUUAGCUAAGCUUAGAUAACUAAAAUAAUAUUUCUAGAACUUCUUUAGAUGAUUAGGCAGAAAAAUCUUCAAAAUCUCCUAUUAGGAUAUUAAGCAGAAGGACUAUCGUUCUUACAGAUAAAGAUUUAAUAAAUGAAGAAGAAGAAUAGCAUUAAUCUUCUUCUUGCUCUUCUUUAUCUAUCUAACAUAAAUGCGAUUCUUCUCGUAUCUCAUAAAUAACAAAAAAGGCAUAAUCUAUUUUGGUAGAUAAAAAUAAAGACUUUUUAUCUCCUACACAAAUAUCUCCAGUUUAGACUUUCUAUUAAGAUAAUCAAAAGACUAAAUUUUAAAGAAAAUAAAAGAAAGCAUUAACAAUUUAAGGUGGUUAUAAAUAUGAUAGUACACCUAUCUAAUAAAUUCAAAAUAACUAAUAACAUAGCUCAGGUAAAAAGAAGAGUAUAUAUAUAGAUGAAGAUAAGCCUCUCUAAUAUUUUGAAAAUUUAGAAGUUUUACAAUAAGAUAAGGUGCAGCGAUAAAGAUAGGCUCAAAGUGUUCAUUAAUAAAAAGUUGCUGAUAAUAAUGAGAGCGAUUAGAAUGAUUUGAGAUAGUCAUAAUAUAAAUAGUUUAGAGAUAAUUUCCAUCUCUGUAAAGUACACUCACAAUCAAAAUUUAGCGAUUCUCCACAAGAUGAAGUAGGAAACGGUUUUAACAUAACUCCUAAAAAUAUUACUAACAGUUCAUUAUUUAGCAAUAGAAAUCCAAAGCUAUAAUCUUAGAGUAACAUCAGUAUAAAUUCAAAAAUUACUGAUAAAUUUCUUUAAAGAGCGAUAGAAGAAUCUUAAUUUAUAAAAAAUGAAGUCCUGAAUUAAAAGGACUUCAUUUAAGUUAAAGAUUUAAAAUCAUAAAAUAAAAAUGAGUUAAAGUCAUUAAUAGAAAUUAAAAAUUUAUAAAAAAAAAUGACUUAAAAGUAAGAUCCUACAAAAUAUGAUGACUUAAUAAAAACAUCCUAAAUGAGAGUUCUUGAUUUGAACAUUAAAUUAAAUGAAUAGAAAAAUAAAAGCUAACUUCAAGAGGAAAGGCAACUUUUAGAGAUUUAAAAGAAUAGUUUAGAUGAGGAUUUAAAGGAACAAAUAAUCAGAAAACAUAUUAGUAAAAUUGGAUUAGUUUCUCCUUAAAACUCCAAGAUUCUUACUAAAGCUAUGAAUUCAGUAAGCCCAUCUAAUAGCUUUUCUAAUAGUGAAAGUGUAUACAGUGGAUCAGCAUCAACAGGAAGGAAUAUACUUAGAUAAAUGUAAAUAAGAUCUUUACAGAAUAAACCUAUUUCUAGUGAUCAAAUAGGGUCUCCCUUAAACAAUUCUCUAAUUAAAGCUAAAGAAAAUGAGAAGUAAAAGAAAGUAAGCUUAUUCCAUAUCAAAGCAGAGCCAAUACCAUAAGAUGAGGUCUAAAAUGAAGAAAAUAUGAAUAUAGAGUUGACAAAAUCAGAAAACGUAGAAACUCCUAUUAAUGGAGUUGAAAUAGAAAGAAGAAAUACUGAAGAUGGCAAUCAAUCAACUUCUAGAAUGAGAGGGUCUUUUUUCAGUUAUAAUGAUUACGCCUAUUCUACCCCUUAAAGUAAGAUUAACUCGAGGUUUAGCAGAAAACAUCAAUUUUAAGAUCCCCUUAAUAUUGGAUUAAAGAACUUUUCUACUUUCUUUAACAAAUAAGAAAUGUCUCAAAACCAAGAAGAUGAUGAUUAAAAUAUCGAUAAAUAUAAAAUCUAUGAAAGCUCAAAAUAAAACAAAAAGAGCAAAAUUCACUUUAAGAGUUCCGUAGAUGAAUAUUUAGAAUUGAAAGCAAAAGCAUUAUCUAAUAAUUUUGACAAAAAGAAGAUAAAAAAUAAGGAUCUACCUUUUUUAGAUAGUUAUGCAAAUCAACUCUAAAUAAACCUUAAGCGUCUUUUUUAUCUCAAAUUAAAAGAAAACUAUUGCAAAGAAACAGGAUUUUAAAAUGUUCAAGAAAGAGUAGCUGAUCAAGUUUUAGACAAAAAUUUCCAAAUGUUUCUAAAAAAAAACAAAGAUAUAAUUCCAGAAAAGAAGAAUCUAAAUUAUUUAUAUAAUUGGAGAAGUAGUGAACCAGUUAAAGGAUCAGUAAUUGAAAAAAUACAACAUCAAUUACAUUUAGAUUAGAAAGAUUAGCCAAAUUAUUUAGAAGGUAACAUUCCAGUCUAAGGCUUUACCUCUAACAAUCUCAAAUUGCCAAAUUUGAGUGAAAAAAAGAAAAUUAAACAAUAAAAUUAAAGGAAUUUACAUAAUACAUAAUCUUAAAUUUAAGGAUAAACCUCAAUAGUGUUAGACAGACAAAAUUAAUCAAUGGUACAUCUUGAUAAUGUAAAUAGUAGCAUACCUAAUAUUACUAGCAGGCAUAAUAUAUCUAAUUCUAUUAUAGAAGAAGGAAGAAAUAAAAUAAUAAAUCAAAGAGCUUAGUAAUUCUAUGAAAAUUUACAAAAUAUUUAAGAAAAAAAGAAAAAAGAAUUGCAGUAAUUUAAAAAAAUGUAAUCUAAAGAGGGUAACUCUAUUUUAAAUUUCCAACAAAAGCCCUAAAUUAUAGGUAGUAUUAGAAGCUAAGCAAAUAUAGAACUUGCUAAAAAAGCAUCUUAUAAAGAAUUCAAUCAAGCCUAUGAUGAAGAUUUGCAAAUGCUUGAAGAGCUGCAGGAUUAAGCUAAAAACGAUUUAAUUCAAUUAGAUAAAUUUUUUUAAACUAACAAGAAAGCAGAAGAAGCUUUAAAAAAUUACAGCUUAUUAUAAAAAAACAAUGCUUCUUCAACUAUUUAAAGCAGUUAACACAAUAUUAACAAAGGGAUAUUAAACAAACAAGGAACUUUUGAUUCUUCUAAGCUAGAAGAAGAAUUUAAAAUGUAAUAAAAUGAAAAUCUAAACAAAAUAAUUAACAAUUCUUAAGAAGAGGAAAAAUAAGAUUUGCAAAAUAAGCAUAUUUUAUCUCCUUUGAAUAGUGUUUUAAAACAGAAAAGUAGUAGUAAUAUAUUAGAAAUUAAGAACAGAUAUGCAUCUCCGCAAUAUAUAAGUAAUAUUCCAAGAAAUAAUAUUAAGUCACUCAAGUAAAUACCUACAAAAACUGUAGAAGAAGAAAUGAAAGAAUUGACUCAUUCUAUAAUUUUAAAAUAUGGUCUGUAAUCUAAAUUUAAAACAAAAAAGUUUAAAUGA